UAGUUGGACCAAAGCGUGAAUAGCGUAAUAUAUAUAUUGUUACGAUUGACUACCAUUUUUUUGAAUGCCGUAGCUGUGCAGUCUCUUGCGGCCCCUGGCCCAUCUUACCUUAUUGUCCAUUCGCCGUCGUGACCUCAUAAGGUUGUUGGGCUGGCCCCACUCGCACCUGGUGGGGGUCCAAAGCCCCAAUCUCCCAAAAGCGUAAUCAUAUUGCGUAACCUUACUCACUAUGCCGCUAUAGGAAAGUUGUGGGGGUUGUCGUUUCUGUUAUUGGCUUCCACGUCAAAGUGCCUGGAAUGUGCCUUGAAUCACAUCGGUUUGUACAUACGUCAGUUGCUCUCUUUAUUUUGACUUAAUGUUCAAUUUUUGACUUGCGAUCGGUUUAUAUUCCAGCAAUUUAUUGAAAUUAUCUUUUUCAGCUGCGGCUGCAAUUACUAUGGGCAUCACCAAAUUUACCCCAAAGACUGUGCCGGGAACAGGCUCUGGGACACCUUCAGGGAGCCCGGCGCUCAGCGCAGGCGCGUUUUCAUCCUUACAAACACCUCCAGACUCCCCCAUCUUUGGAUCUGCUCCAAGGAGCCAAUUUACUCGCGAGCCACCCCGUCCCAUCUCGCCACCUUAUCCUGUCAACGAUCACGACUUGUUCGCCAGUAUCAACCACACGAUACCUACCUACUUAUCUACACCUCCCGACAGUCCUCCUUCCGUGGGCAACGAAAGAGAGAACAGAGCAUGUCCGACCUCGGCUUCAAGUCGAUUUCCUCAUCUCAUCCCAAAUGCGACGAUGGACUUAAUGACUGUGGUUGAAGCAGCACAAACUGUUCAGCAAAAGCAUGUGGUGGUGGUUUCGUCUCAAGAUAUGGCUAAUCCAGAGAUGGAAACUGAUCCAAGGAAAAUCAGGCAAAAGUAUCGCAAGGGUAAGAAACAAGAUCCAGCGAGUGAUAAAGAAUCCCCCAAACAGAGAUCAUCUGCAAAGUCGAAAGCAAAGAAGAAAUCGAGAAGGGAUCAGUCAACGCUUUCAGACGACCACAACAUAGAGCAUCUCAAGGCUCGAGGGGUUAAUGAGGACUCUCAUGAAGAAAUCCCACGAGCGAACAGCGAGCAUUUGAAAAGGAGAGAUGCUGGCAUAUUAGGGGAGCCCACAAGAGCCAUCGACUCGGGAUCAACAAGGGAAACAGAGCCGACCCGGCCUAAGCACCCUAGACAAAAAAAGAGGGCAUCUAGCCCUUUACAAGCUUCCAGAAGUGACCAAAGGGACCAAGGAGACCGAAGGGAUCAGUUGUCGACCUCUAGAGCUCCUGGAACACAAGAGCCAGCGACUCGUCCAGGCCCUACACCCUCCUCGUCGCGAAGGAGAAACCGGGCAACAUCCAGUCCCAACGAAAAUACCCCAAAUACCAGACGCAGAGACCGUGCCAGAACCCGUCCCAGGCGAGCAUCGCUCGAUACCAUCCCCUCCAUCCCCCCGCCCUUGGACGAGUACCACGACGAAACGCCGCCGUACCGUGAACGCCUCCACAAGUCCUGCGACUUGCUCUCGUUUGAUCCAAGAUACAACGUACCGGUUUUGAGGGUGAAUCGGGCCCUUAUAAAAAACGACAAGCUCUUGGAGUCGUCGAUCAGCAAGAUGACCAGAUACAAUAUCCUACCAUCGGAAAUCGAUCUCUGGGGUCUCAACCAUGUGGACGACUCCCAGUUCCACAGCAUAAUUCCCAUGCUCCUUUUCGAGCACGAUCAGCGAGCGCAACACGGGCUCAGCGAGGAGGAUCAGCUCCACAUAGCAUUACAAAUUUCAGCAUUAGAGACUGACAUUCAACCCGAGAACCACGGCUUCAGGUAUAACGGUCGUAAUGUCUCUACACCAGGCGAACCAGGCGAAGUAACACUAAACCCAACACCGGAGUCCCAAAUUCAAACUCCGCUCCAAGAACAGCCAGCAUCUUCCCCAGAUCCCUCGCAGGAGGCAGUGCGACACUCACCUCCCCACCAGACAUCGGAGUCCAACACCUACAGCGCCCAGCUCUUCCGCAGCCUCAACAACAACCCCCUCUUCAGUGGGUUCAGAUACAACCCCAUCGUGGGAGACACCCACUCUCUCUACAGCCAGAAUUCGCUCACCCAAGUUGAGCCUGUAUAGCCCCCAGUAAAUUUAUGAGUAAGCGCAAGCCUCCAUAGGACGACGUCGCACGUGACACCGACACUCUUAUCGGUGGAAUUUUCCAAUAGAACGUUUCCCAUACUUCAUCAAUCAAAUGUCAGCUCCAGAAGGUUUCCACAAGGUUAGCGAGGACUCACACG